AUGCCGGAAAUUGAAAACAAGCUGAAUGAACUGGGCUACGAGCUUCCCCCGCCCCGGACGCCCGGGGCCGGCAAUAUCAUCCCCUCGGUCCGAACCGGAAACCUGGUCUUCCUUUCCGGCACUGGCCCGGGCCUGCCUGGGGGCGGUCUGUUGCACCGGGGCAAGCUGGGUUCGGAAGUUACCGUGGAGCAGGGCUACGACUGCGCACGGCAGACCAUGCUAAACCUGCUCACCAAUUUGAAGGGAGAGAUUGGCGACCUGGAUAAGGUGAGGAGGGUCGUCAAGCUGCUUUGCAUGGUCAACUCCGCACCGGACUUCGGCGACACGCCCAGGGUGGCCAACGGCGCAUCUGAUCUGCUGAUUAGCCUCUACGGAGACCGGGGCCGCCACGCUCGUUCCGCGGUCGGCAUGGCUACUCUGCCCGGCGGUAUGCCGAUAGAGAUUGAGAUGAUCGUCGAGGUAGAAGACUAG